AUGCUGAAGCGAUUUGGUACUUUGGCCGCUUUGGCAGCGGCCGUUCAGUCCCACGGCGACCACGGACACGAUCAAGAGCCACUGGCCGGCCCUCACAAGAGCUUGUGGUAUAACACUCUUCCAGGAGAUGGAGGAACUCAAGCCGACUCCGUCUUCUCAGGCAUCUCGACCUUCGGCCGCUUAGAGUACUCCCCCUGCCUCGCGACAGAGAACGUAAAAUACGACAUCGCCUUCAUCGGCGCGCCCUUCGACACAGGCACCUCCUAUCGACCAGGUGCAAGAUUCGGUCCCUCAGGCAUCCGCCAAGGUAGCCGCCGUCUCAAUCUCUACGGCGGAUACAAUGUGCCACUCGAUGCAAACCCGUUCAACAGCUGGGCGAAGGUGAUUGAUUGUGGAGAUAUUCCUGUGACUUCAUACGACAAUGAAUGGGCCCUCAAGCAGAUCGAAGAAGGCCACAACAGCAUCCUCAUGCGAGCUCCCGCAACGAGUGCAGACGAGGCCGGCAUCUCCAAGCACGGCAAGACUCUGCCACGAGUCAUCACCCUCGGAGGUGACCACACGAUCACGCUUCCUUUGCUCAGGAGCAUGAACAGAGCCUAUGGUCCCAUCACAGUCAUCCACUUCGACUCCCAUCUCGACACCUGGAAGCCGAAGGUCUUCGGAGGAGCACCCUCCAAGAUCGCCAGCAUCAACCACGGCACCUACUUCUACCAUGCGGCAAUGGAGGGUCUCCUUCGCAACGACACCAACAUCCAUGCUGGUAUCCGUACCACCUUGAGUGGUCUGUCGGACUACGACAACGAUGGCUACGUUGGCUUCCACAUCGUUGAAGCUCGUGAGAUCGAUACCAUUGGCACUGAGGGCAUCGUCAAGAAGAUCCACGAGCGUGUGGGCCACAAGAACCCAGUCUACCUCUCCAUCGAUAUCGACACUCUGGAUCCAGCUUUCGCUCCAGCGACGGGUACUCCAGAGACGGGUGGUUGGUCUACGAGAGAGCUUCGCACUAUUGUUAGGGGCUUGAAGGGCAUCAAUCUUGUGGCAGCUGACAUCGUCGAGGUCGCGCCGGCGUACGAUACCAACGCAGAGCUGACAACCAUGGCGGCGGCGGACACUUUAUACGAGGUCAUGAGCUUGAUGGUGCUUAACGGACCUUUGACGAAGGUUGAGGCAGUGGAGGCCAAGCAGGAGGUGUAA